AUGAAAUUGCCGCAGGAGGACCUACUCUGCACAUUCAACAACGUCCAGUCGUACCAUCGGCCUCAGGACGUCCAGUUCUUCAGCCGUCCAGCCAUCCCGUCAUCCGCUGCCACGCCACAAUCGUCUUUCGGCAACAGUGGUCAAGACGUCAACCAUCCCAUCGACGUCGAACUCAGAACUAGGCGGUGGAGAGAGGGGAACGGGCCAGUGGGUGCGGGUCAUACUGUGGUGCGUUGCGAUGGUUUGUAUGCAGAUCCCACUGUGUGGAAGCGCUGCUACCGUUCCGGGUGCUGCGGCUUUUGCAUGUGGGCCGUGGCCAUCAUGUUCUGCUGGGCGUCAUCUCUCCAACGCCCGUGUGCCUGGCGACGUUGGUGGGCGUUGCGAGUUGGUCGCAUUCCUCAAGGUCCAUGGCCGGCGUGUUUGUGUGGUCGCCCCCUCUCUCUCUCCCUUGCCAGGUGUCACAGGGGGGAGCCGUGGCCACUGCAAGGUAGACAGACAGACAGACUGACAGACGGACGGGGGACGGCACUCUCUCUGUCAAUUAACAUUUUCUGCUGCAGGUCCACCGUCAUGGACAACCCAACGCUCCAGAAGUUCCGCACCGCGAAGUGCAUGAACCACCAGUCGGGCGGAUGUACCUAUUCCUCGUAGGCACACACUCCCCAGACACAUGACUGACAUGAGUUCCUAUGUGUGUGAUGGAUGGAUGCCUCAGCUGCCAGUGGAAGGCACGGAGGAGCCAAAGCCAUCUUCGGCCUCUCCAGUCUUCACACACGAACCCGACUCGCGGUACAACACACACAGACAGACAGACACACACACACAGAGAGAGAGAAAGAGAGAGAGAACUGCGCGGAGUGCACACCCGCCAAGGUACCAGAGGGAUUGAUUGUGUCGAUUGUUUCAUCAGCAGCUCAGCUCUUCAAGGGGCGGCGCCUCUUCCGCCUUCGCAGGUGAGUGUCACUGAGUGACUGAGUGACUGAGUGAGUGAGUGAGUGAGGCAGCGGACGGGCAGCCAGAGAACCAAACGAUGGGUCAAGGUGCAUGGCUGGCGUGUGGUUUGUGUGGUUUCCCUCUCUCUAUCUCCCUUGCCAGAUCGCCGCACCGGGCGGCGCCAUGAUGUCGGGCCGCAGGUAAACAGACAGACAGACAGACUGACGGACUGACGGAGGAGGGCACUCAUCGAUGGCACUGUGCCCCUCUCUCUCUGUCAAUUAACAUUUUCUGCUGCAGCUUCACCGUGAUGGACGACGACUCGCUAAACAAGUUCCGCACCGCGAGGUGCAUGCACCUGCGGUCGCCGGGCGGAUGUCCCUUCUACUUUGAGGGCAAGUGCAAGUUUUCACACGACACAGACGUGCGCCGACGGCCCCUCCUCCAUCUGGAUCUACAUCGCCCCGUCAUGAAGUACUGCAACUAUCCGUGUCCCGAGGUCGAGCAGCAUCGCCCAUGCAGCGAGGGCAGUCGCUGCCCGUUCGCCCACACACAGGGUGAGUGAGCCAUGGGUGCAGCCACUUGGUUGACAGACACACGGAGGGUGGAGGGGGGGAAUGUGUGGGAGGGGGGGCAAAGGGGGGGAGGUGUGUCGCGUACACCAGUGGGUGGAUUGUGUGUGUGUGUGUGUGUGUUUGUGUGUGUGUGGUAUGUCAGCGGAGAUUGACUACCAUCCAUGUUCUUACAAGACCAAGCCCUGUUCCGCCGGAGUUCGCUGCACCACGCCGUACUGUCCAUUCUACCACACCAUGGCCGACCAGAGUGAGAUCAAUCAGCAUUCAUUCAUUCAUUGUCUGUCUGUCUGUCGCUCAUGCCAUCCGUCCGUCCAUAUAUGCUGCAGGGCUGAGCCGGCCCUGCAAGCUGGUGCCGACCUCCCCGAACAUCUGGUUCCCGUCCGGCGGAGCCUUGGCUGCAUCAUGCUGGACAACACGGUGCGCGCCGCACCAGGUGCGGCGGCCACGGCCAUCCCCCCUCCCCCCCCGGGAGACCCGCCCUCCCUCGACCAAACCGCACCCAACUCUGUGCCAUCCGGCGCGGCAAACGCCGAUACCGCCGCCGCCGACCGCGAGUGGGCGAGGUUCAUACCCACAGGGGCCCGGCUGUCGCCCAUUUCGCCCGCCGCAGCCACGCUCACACCGCCGUCCACCACUGACGUGGGUGGGGCGCGGCUCGAGCAGCAGCAGCAGCAGCAGCAGAGGGCCGAACAAGGUCCGGCAGAAUUCAUCCAUCCAUCCAUCCAUGUGUUGGUUGCCAUGGCUGGCUCUCUUUGUGUGUGUAUGUCCGAUAAGGCGAUUCUUCGUCGUCUUCGGGGUCGGCCGAGCACUUCGAGACGACUGAUGACACAGUGGGUAACUCACUGACUGACUGACUCACCCACCACUCAACGCAUUCGUUUGUUUCGAUGUGGAUGUCUGUCUCUCUCUCUGUGGCUCCUUCCAUCCAGGACUUCUUCGAGUGUGAAGACGCGCUGGUGGGGACUCUUCGGGCUCUCAAGGGUACGUAGGUGGACCGAACGGACACGGGGGAGGGAGGUGCCUGCCAGGGAUGGAGCGGCGAGCGACUGCCUGCCUGCCUGACUGUGUGCGUGUGUAUGGUUUGUUGUGCGCAGUGCUUUUGCAGAAGUGCCACACCUUGGCGAACGAGGCCAGCUGGUCGGGACCCUAAACACAGACAGACACGAUCAGACAGACGUCGUCAUGUGUGUGCUGGCUGAUGCGUGUAGUGUCAUGUGUGUGACCUCCGUUCGUGCAGUCUCGCGGCGAGCAGCAGUCUGCCCGGCCGUCGACAAUUCACCGAGGAGAUCAACGCCGUCACAGGUACGUGUUUGUGUAACCGAUACAGCAACCAACUCACACACACACACACACACGUUGCUGCAUGGGUCUCUCUCUCUCUCUCUCGUGAGUGCAGCAUCACUAUCAUGUGCUCAGAAGGGCCUGGCCGCCGCGGCGGACAGCGUCGGAGCCGCCCGGCAGCACCGCCGGGGCCUGGGCGGUCAAGUCGGGCGUUGCAGCUGUCGCUGUUGUCUUGGGUAUUCCGUGGUGCUGGUGAUCAUUCUGGUGCUGGUGGGGUUCGGCAUGUACCUAUGGGCCUGAUAGAUGGACGAGCGGGAUGCCGAGCGGGGAGGCGGGCGGCUGGGCAAGCCACUGCGGCCGUAUUACAUGUAAGGCCGCAGUGGCUGAGCCGACGGACAGUCAGUGCAAGCGAUAGAGGGAGGGAGGGAGGGAGGGGCCGGAGGUAAACAGACAGACAGACUGACGGACUGACGGAGGAGGGCACUCAUCGAUGGCACUGUGCCCCUCUCUCUCUGUCAAUUAACAUUUUCUGCUGCAGCUUCACCGUGAUGGAGGACGCAACGCUCCAGCAGUUCCGCACCGAGUGGUGCAUGCAUCUGCGGUCGCCGGGCGGAUGCCCCUUUCAAGGCAAGUGCAAGUUUGCCCACGCCGCCGACGCGCUGCGACGACGGCCCCUCCUCCAUCUGGAUCUACAUCGCCCCGUCAUGAAGUACUGCCCAGUGCCGUGUCCCGAGCUCGACGAGGAGCGCCGCUCUUGCAAGCGUGGAGAGAGCUGCCCAUUUGCGCACACGCAAGGUGAGUGGGCCAUCGGUGCAGCCACUUGGUUGACAGACACACGGAGGGUGGAGGGGGGAGUGUGUGGAAGGGGGGGCAAAGGGGGGGAGGUGUGUCGCGUACACCAGUGGGUGGAGUGUGUGUGUGUGUGUUUGUGUGUGUGUUUGUGUGUGUGUGGUAUGUCAGCGGAGGUUUUGUAUCACCCUUUUGUGUACAAGACCAAGCCCUGUUCCGCCGGAGUUCGAUGCACCACGUCUCACUGUCCAUUCUUCCACAGCAUGGCCGACAAGAGUGAGAUCAAUCAGCAUUCAUUCAUUCAUUGUCUGUCUGUCUGUCGCUCAUGCCAUCCGUCCGUCCAUAUCUGCUGCAGGGUCCGGGCGUGAGGGCAGGCUGUCAGAAGCCAGACUUCCCCUCCGAAUUGGUCUCCGUCCUGCGGAGCCUUGA